AUGUCAAAACCGCAAUUCGACCGCGCCGACGCGAGCGCCCUCCUCGACGACCGGGGAUACCGCGGCUCCCUCAUCCGCGGCCAGAACCCCGCGCUUCUGUUUGAAAAGGGUGUGCGCGAGCGCAUCACCGAGUCGUACUACUGGAAGGAGCAGUGCUUUGGCCUGAACGCAGCAACCCUAUGCGAUCGCGCGGCGGAGCUCAAGUUUAUCGGCGGCACAACGGGCAUCACGGGCAAGCCGACGCCCUUUUUGUGUCUGGCGUUUAAGCUGCUGCAGCUGGUUCCCGACAAGGCCAUUAUACUCGAGUACCUCAACUUCCGCGACGAUGAAGACGAGGACAAGCAGGACGCGGACGAGCAGGACGAUGAGGACGCUGCCAAGGACACGGAUUUGAAUGCAGCAGGCAAACUGGGCUGCUUCAAGUACCUGCGCUGUCUCGCUGCCUUUUACAUUCGCCUCGCCUGGGAGCCGGUGGAAAUCUACAAGACGCUCGAGCCUCUCCUCACCGACUACCGCAAGAUCAAGCGCCGCCUCAAGGACACCUUUACCCUGACCCACGUCGACCAGUUCAUAGACGAUCUCCUCACAAGAGACCGCAUCUGCGCGACAAGCUUGUGGAAGUUGCCGUCGAGGGCCAUCCUGGAAGACCUGGACAUGCUGGAUCCGAGGGAAAGCCCGCUGGGGGAUGAGGUGGACGAGCUGGAUGAGGAUAUGGAUAGGAGGAGCGAUGGAAGAGUCGGAGCUACGAUAGUGGACGUCGCAGUAGAAGCAGAAGCUAUGACAGCCGGCAUCGAAGCAGUACUCGCAGUCGCAGCCCGGGUGAGCGCCGCUCAAGACGCAGCACACCAAGGAGUCCAAGUCGAAGUCGAAGCCGAAGCCGAAGCUGAAGCCCCAACCGAGACCGCGAGGACCAAGGGCAAUGAGUGUCAGAUCUAAACCUCUUCUUCCGUCAAUUCCAACUACGUAUAUACCCCUGCUGUAGGCAAUUUCACAUG